CGUAUGUCUCCUUGUGUCCGCCCGGAGUCAUGAGAAGCAGACACCACAAGCGUGUUGUGUGUUGUGUACCACUAAGAAAUGUCCAUGCUUGUAUCCGAAAGUGAUAAUUUGAAAAUUUGUACGUAAAGACCUCCACAAAAACGAGUAAAUGUAACCGGAAGACUCCUCCUCAACGGCAACGGACAUUUUAACGUUUGGCACCGACGUUAACGUCAACAAGUAGCACGUUGCUCUGAGUUCAGCAGACAGCAGACAGCCAGCAGCCAGCAGACAGCAGACAGCAGCCAGCAGCUUCCAGCCAGCAGACAGCAGACAGCAGCCAGCAGCCAGCAUGGGGCUCAAGCGACAGAAACAAGCCAAGAAGACCAUCAGCUUCUACAAAUACAACUUCAGCUUCAGGGAGCCCUUUCAGAUCCUCAUCGAUGGGACUUUCUGUCAGGCUGCUCUGAAGAACAAGAUCCAGAUCAAAGAGCAGAUGCCCAAAUACCUGAUGGGAGAGGUGCAGCUGUGCACCACAAACUGUGCACUGAAAGAACUGGAGACUCUGGGAAAAGAGCUGUACGGAGCCAAAAUCAUCCUGCAGAGGUUUCAGUCGAGGAGAUGUCCACAUUUGAAGGAGCCUGUCCCGGCUUCAGAGUGUCUGCUGUCCAUGCUGGGGGACACAAACCCACACCACUACUUUGUUGCUACACAGGACCACGCUCUAACUGCAGGCCUGAAGAAGAUCCCGGGCGUUCCUCUGCUCUACAUCGUCCUCAACACCAUGGUGCUGGACAAGCCCUGCCAGACGUCCCUCGACCACGUCAAGGCCGUCCAGCUGGGAGAGCUGGUGAGCACGGCUCAGCAGCAGAGCAUCCGCAGCCUGAAAGAGGAGCAGGGCAUCGACCAGAAGGAUGGAGAGAGGAAAGGGAAGAAGAGGAAGAGGAAACAGAGCCACCCCAACCCUCUGAGCUGCCUGAAGAAGAAGAAGAAAGGCGGGCCGACACCACCGAAGAAGAAGACGGAGGAAGGGGAGAAGAGGAAAAGAAGUAGAAAUAAGAAACAAAGGACUGAGGGAGGUGACGUGUCUGCUCCUGCGGUUACUAAUACAUAGUAGAGCAGGAAGACAGAGACUUCAGACAUUUGGCUUCUUGCAUAAAUAUUAUCUCAAGAUGUCCACGAACCCAGUCUAUAAUAAUUCCUGUUUUUCUGAUGUUGCUGUGUGGAAUAAAUCAAUGUUUAUCACACAAAACGCCAUUUUAAAAUACUGCUCAUGGUAUUUGUUUUAUUUUUUAAAAAUGUUGCGACAGUUUCCGAGACUUAACAGGCAUACUGUUCAGAAACAUAGCAUCAUUUUUGAGAUCGAGAAGAUUUGUCUUGGCUUUCAUACAAAAUAAAAAAAAGCAGGUUUACAGGCACAUAGUUUAGAAUACAAGAUGCACUCAGACAUUACAUGAUAAUACAGUUUAUAUGGAAGAGGAUAUCAAAAACCAUGCAUUCAGCCGUCUUUGCAGAAGCACAAGAAGUGCGGUCACAAUGACUCAUUGGUUUGCUUGUUUUUACUGUUUGUUGUGGGAUUUUUGACGUCCGUUAAAUUCAACCUGUAUUUUCUCGUACAAUGAGUUUAGAGUCCAAACGACAACGUUCAUAACAAAUAUGUCCAUUCAGACUUUCAUUCUUUAGAUUAAAAAUCAAUUUUUGCUUUUAAAUAGAAAAACACAGUUAAUUUUCUUGAUAUAUAUUACGGCAAUAAAUUAAUAUUGAACAAGUAUCUACUUGAUUUACACAGUCAGGAGUUCUACAUUACUGUGUCACCCAGUUGUAUCUAAAUGAUUAUCCAAAAAU